UACACAUUUAUUGUAUUAUAUUCCUGCUUGAGUGUCUGCUCUUUUGGUUAACUCAAUAUAUAUAUAUAUAUAUUAAUCGUUGUGUUUUUUAUGAUUUAUUAUCGUAAUUUACGUUUAUUAACGUGACUAUUAUUUACGAAAAACCAAAAUCGCCCUUUUGAACUCUGAUAAGCAAAUUAGUGCGUUUUACGUUUGGUGCGUUAGUGAUUAGUGGAUAUUUGUAAAAUGUCUGUUUGGAACACUGUCCGCAAAUUGCCCUUAGCACACGACGUGUUAAAAAUUCCAAUUAGGCAUUUAAAUUUGUUAGAAUACCAAAGUAAACACUUGCUAAGGAAAAACAAUGUUGCCAUCCAGGAUUUUUGUAUGAUAGAUGAACAUGGUGCUAGUGAAUUGGACAAAUUUAAUGCUGCCGAGUAUGUUAUUAAAGCACAGAUCCUGGCGGGUGGCAGAGGAAAAGGCCAUUUUGAUAAUGGCUUCAAAGGAGGGGUUCAUAUUACACAAAAGAGAGAAGAAAUUUUAGAUAUCGUCAAACAGAUGUUGGGACACAAGCUGAUAACCAAACAAACGCCCAAAGAUGGAAUUCCGGUAAAUAAAAUAAUGAUUGCCGAAAGUGUCAAUAUCAAACGCGAAACCUACGUCUGUAUAUUAAUGGAUCGCCAAAAAAAUGGACCCGUGAUAAUAGCAUCUCCUGCGGGUGGAAUGGAUAUCGAAGCAGUUGCUGAAAAAACUCCCCACUUAUUAAAAACUUUACCUAUUGAUAUAUUCGAAGGUAUCACUGAUCAAAUGGCUCAUGAACUAGCCGAGUUUCUUGAAUUCAACGGGCCACUCAGGAAAAAAGCAGCCGAGGAAAUUAAAAAAAUGUGGAAUCUUUUCGUUGCCGUGGAUGCUACGCAAAUAGAAAUAAAUCCGCUAGUAGAAACAGACGACGGAAAAGUAAUAUCUGUAGAUGCGAAACUUAAUUUCGAUGAUAACGCGAAAUUUCGGCAAAGAGAUGUUUUUUCUUUGGAAGAAUACACCGAGAGUGACCCCAGAGAGGUAGAAGCUGCCAAAUAUAAUCUUAAUUAUAUUGGUAUGACUGGGAACAUAGGGUGUCUAGUAAAUGGUGCCGGUUUAGCUAUGGCAACAAUGGACAUAAUCAAAUUAUAUGGCGGAGAACCCGCGAACUUUUUAGACGUAGGUGGUAGCGUUAAAGAGGAACAAGUCCGUGCUGCAUUUCAAAUUAUCACGUCAGAUCCUUCCGUGAAAGCAAUACUCGUUAAUGUAUUUGGUGGCAUAGUAAAUUGCGCCACCAUUGCCAAUGGCAUUGUGGGCGCUUUAAAAAGCACUCCUCUUAAAGUACCACUUAUUGUGAGGCUAGAAGGUACUAACGCGACUGAAGCCAGAAGAAUUAUUAAAGAUUCCAGUCUAAACAUUCAAACAGCCGAGACUUUAGAUGAAGCUGCCCAGAACGCUGUGAAGAGUAUAUCUUAAUGUCGCUUUUUUUUUUAAAUACACACUAUACAAAUAAAAUGUUUUGAGGGUCUUUUUACAUCAAUAACGGUUCUUUUUUUGGAGUUUACUACUGCCAGGUAGGAAUACAAAAUA